AUGACCACUCCCAGACGGUUUCCGACACUCUUGCAGCUGGAGCAGCGAGAAGGGGCGCUGUUCACCGUGCUCGGUAACCUCACCAAGCGACCCUACUGGUUCCACUUGGAGUAUCUGAAGAGUCCGAAAGCAGUUCGCCUCGAGGCGUGGCUGAUGGAAGCGAUCUUCGGCCGGGGAGGAGAGCACAUCCCGCACGUCGAGUGUGUGUCGCAGACUCUGCUUCACGUUAAUCAGUGGGACCCCGAGGGCGAGGCUGAGAUCUUGAUAUUUGGUCGGCCUUAUUACCAGAAAGAUGUAUCCAAGAUGAUCAUGAAUUUGGCUGACUAUCACCGCCAACUCCGGGCACAAUGCUUAGAGAAGGUCCCUGUCCAGGACGCAGCGACCCAGCGGUCCCCUGACGCUGCCCGAGAAGCAGCGACCCAGAGCUCCCCGAAGGCUGCCCAGGAGGAGGCAACGCAGCGGUCCCCCGACACUGCCCGCGAGGUGGCAACGCAGCGGUCCCCCGACACUGCCCGCGAGGUGGCGACGCAGCGGUCCCCCAAGGCCGCCCGCGAGGCGGCGACGCAGCGGUCCCCCAAGGCCGCCCGCGAGGCGGCCACCCAGAGGUCCCCGAAGGCCGCCCGCGAGGCGGCGACGCAGCGGUCCCCGAAGGCCGCCCGCGAGGCGGCGACGCAGCGGUCCCCGAAGGCCGCCCGCGAGGCGGCGACGCAGCGGUCCCCGAAGGCCGCCCGCGAGGCGGCCACCCAGAGGUCCCCCGGCGCAGCCCGCGAGGCGGCCACCCAGCGGUCCCCCGGCGCCGCCCGCGAGGCGGCCACCCAGCGGUCCCCCGGCGCCGCCCGCGAGGCGGCCACCCAGCGGUCCCCCGGCGCAGCCCGCGAGGCGGCCACCCAGCGGUCGCCCGGCGCAGCCCGCGAGGCGGCCACCCAGCGGUCGCCCGGCGCAGCCCGCGAGGCGGCCACCCAGCGGUCGCCCGGCGCAGCCCGCGAGGCGGCCACCCAGCGGUCGCCCGGCGCAGCCCGCGAGGCGGCCACCCAGCGGUCGCCCGGCGCAGCCCGCGAGGCGGCCACCCAGCGGUCGCCCGGCGCAGCCCGCGAGGCGGCCACCCAGCGGUCGCCCGGCGCAGCCCGCGAGGCGGCCACCCAGCGGUCGCCCGGCGCAGCCCGCGAGGCGGCCACCCAGAGGUCCCCGGACACUACCCAGGGCCCAGUUACCAGCUCAUGA